CACGUUUGGGACCCAACGCCGCGGCGGUCUCGCGCCAUAAAGGGAGCGGCAGCUCUAGAAGCGGUCUCGCCGCCACUCGCAACAGCUCGACAGCUCCUCCGCCACCCCCACGGCUAAUCAAACCGUCGCGGCACCCUUCCCCAGAGGAGAGGCUCCCCCCUGCCCGGGCCGCGAUGGCGCCAGCGGAGUCGGAGCAGCACCCGCGGAAGGCGCUGGCGCUCGCAGCGCACGACGCCUCCGGCCGCGUCACACCCAUCCGCAUCUCGCGAAGGGACACUGGAGAUGACGAUGUCGCUAUACAGAUACUGUACUGCGGGAUAUGUCACUCUGACCUGCACACCAUCAAGAAUGAGUGGAGGAACGCCAUCUACCCAGUUAUUGCCGGACACGAGAUCGCCGGACUGGUCACCGAGGUUGGCAAGAACGUGCAGAAGUUCAGCGUUGGCGACAAGGUUGGCGUCGGGUGCAUGGUCAACACUUGCCAGUCCUGCGAGAGCUGCAAUGAAGGGUUGGAGAACUACUGCUCCAAGAUCAUCUUCACGUACAACUCCCGUGACAGGGAUGGCACCGUCACCUGCGGUGGCUACUCCGACAUGGUCGUCGUGAAUGAGAACUUCGUCAUCCGGUUCCCUGACAGCAUGCCCCUCGACAAAGGCGCACCUCUGCUCUGCGCUGGGAUAACCGUGUACACUCCCAUGAAGUACCACGGGCUGAACGAGCCGGGGAAGCAUAUAGGCGUGCUCGGCCUUGGUGGGCUUGGGCAUGUCGCUGUGAAGUUCGCAAAGGCGUUCGGGAUGAGAGUGACCGUGAUCAGCACAUCGCCGGACAAGAAGGAGGAGGCUAUGGAGAGGCUUGGCGCGGAUGCCUUUGUUGUCAGCAGCGAUGCUAAUCAGAUGAAGUCUGCUAUGGGCACCAUGCAUGGCAUUAUAAACACGGCCUCUGCAAGCGUGUCCAUGUACCCUUACUUGGGGCUCCUCAAGCCCCAGGGCAAGAUGAUCUUGCUUGGCCUGCCUGAGAAGCCUCUGCAGAUCUCUGCCUUCGCUUUGGUUGGCGGCGGCAAAACUCUGGCCGGAAGCUGCAUGGGGAGCAUCAGGGACACGCAGGAGAUGAUCGACUUCGCCGCUGAGCACGGGUUGACGGCCGACAUCGAGCUGGUCGGCGCUGAGGACGUGAACUGGGCCAUGGAGCGCCUCGCCAAAGGCGAGGUCAGGUACCGCUUCGUCAUCGACGUCGGUAACACCCUCGUAGCGGCAUGACUAGCGAGCUCACCGGUCUCAGCUCUGUAGUAUCUAUACAAUCUAGCUACGACACCUGAUUCCUACUUGAAUCAAUAAAUGUACUGAGAGUGGUAUAUUGCCUAAACAUACUGUGUUGUGCGCUAUAUAUUGUGUGAUAUGGGAAGGAAUUAUAUCUGGACUAUGAAGCCAUGCAUUAUGCAAUUGUACUGUUUGUCUUAAUACAUCAUAUACCCAUACUAUAUGC